GGCAGGAGGAGGCAGGAGGAGGAGGAAGGGGACUGGAGGACGGCCACGCACGGGCUCGCCACACGCGUCGCCGCCGAAUCUCAGCCCCCGAAGAGUGACUGGGCCGAGGGCCUCACCGGCUGAAGUGCACCUGCAGAUCGGGCCCCGCAGCGUCUGCCAGCUUCGACCUCCCAGCGUCGCCGAUGCGAUUGCCCCCGACGUGGGUGACGGAGGGAGGGGCACUCCGCCAGCGUCGCGGCCAGGGCUUCUGCGCCGGCGUCCCCGAUGCGGUUCUGGUCGACGUCCACGUGCGCCAGCUUCCUGCUGGCACGCACCAGCUCGGCAAGCGCCUCCGCGCCGCCGUCUCCGAUCUGGCAGCGUCGGAGGCCCAGGAGCUCGAUCGGGGAGCCACCGUCUGCCAGGGCCCGGCAAAUCGCCGCGGCGCCGACGUCGCCGAGAGAGUUGUGGCCGACGCGACGGAGCCGUCCGAGAUAUGGAGCUGCCGCAGCACCCGAUUCUGGCCCAGCAGUGGGGCGAUCGCCACGCAAUCAUCGUCCCCGAUGCCCCGAUCUGUCCGAUGAUCCUCAGAACGCGGGUGAGCGCCGACGUGUGCGUGUCCACCUAAGCCCCUCAAUGAAAUGCAGGCGGCGCAGUGAUGGCCGACACAGGCUGCGUGCUAU